AUGGAAAGAGCACAGGAUUUCGCUGGUAGCUUCAAUAGCAACGCCCACCAGUUGAACGGCAACACAUUAAACUUUAACGGACCUGUUUCCAUUUCAGCAACCCAUGAGAAGAAUGAAAACCACGCAGCAUCCACACAAAACGACUCAAUUUUGGAGUCUCAUAUACGUGUUCAUGAUAAUAUUGACGGGAUGUCUGGUUCUAGCCAGAGUGGAAUUCUGAACUGGGAUGAAUGUCUCCAAUCACUUGCAUUCAACGAAUCAAACGACAGGGAACGAUACAUUGAAGCACAAUCAGCAGGUACUUGUGAAUGGCUGAUGAAAUCACCGGAGUACUUGCGCUGGGUCGACGAACAUGGUUUACUCCUAAUCAGAGGCAAACCUGGGUGCGGGAAAUCCACACUUCUGAAGUUUGUACUAGGCCAACACAUGGAAGCUGCUGCCCCUUUGGGCUCUAUCGUGUUGUCUUUUUUCUUCUAUGCCAGCGGCACAGAACUUCAGAGGGGCACAUUGGGCUUCUUCCGGUCUCUUUUGCUUCAAUUGCUUGACCAAGAUGAGUAUUCACGACCGGAAUUUAUGAAAAUUUGCCGCAAAUAUUGCAAGCCAAGGGAAAAUUUGCUGUUAAAAUGGCAACAGGUUGAGCUUGAAGCUCAUUUCCAGAAGCUUGUCGUUAGCUGUUCUGCCCGGCGGGAGAUACUGAUAUUUGUCGACGCUCUUGACGAGUGCAGCGACAAGGAUCGGGAUCGUCUUAUCAGCUUCAUCCAUGGUCUUCGCGGUCAGAUGAAGUCGAGACUGAAUAGACCGGGUAUUUUUGUCACGUGUCGUCCAUAUCCGGAUGGCCAAAUCAAGGCAGACUUCCAAAUUCGACUAGAAGAGGAGAAUCAGGAUGAUAUUGAAAGUUUCGUGGAACACAAAUUGCGCCUGCCCGAUGAAUCAAUGGCAGAUAUAGAAGAGUUGAAGUGUACUCUGCUGAGCAAGACUAAUGGCUUAUUUCUCUGGCUUGCCUUGAUUAUUCAACAGAUACACCAUAUGAGCGGCAAGGGGUUGAGUCUGAAAAGAAUAAAAUCGGAGCUCCUCGAAUGCCCACAAGAGCUUGAUAGGCUAUACGAAGGCCUCCUAGGAGAUAUCCAAGACGACGAGCUACUGGAAGCUUGCACAUUGUUCCAAUGGGUUUGUUUUGCGAUCCGGUCACUUUCUCUUGAUGAACUCAGAAUUGCAAUGACAGUACACUUGAGUGGACCGAAAGGAUCUUUAAGAGAGUAUGAAGAUGGCGAUAAUCCUCAGUUAAUACCAAGCGAAGUCAAGAUGAGGAAGCGGAUGAUUCACUUGAGCCGAGGUCUUGUCGACAUUGGAAGUGCUAAGCUAAGUGAUAGCAAAGCCAUUGUUGGCUUUCACCAUGAUACAAUCAGACAUUUCAUGCUGAGUAAAGGGUUAAGCUAUCUGAACAGACGGCUACAUGAGCCUCGAAGCCUCACGCAGAUUGCUAGUGUACGGCUGGCAAACACAUGUCUCCAAUAUUUGUCAACAGAGGAGAUUCGUCUUGCUUGCCAAGAGGACAUUUUGUCAAGAGAAAAAUUUCAAUUUCUAGGUUAUGCAGCGACAUGCUGGGUCUCACAUGCUGUUAUGGCGGAAAGAGAGAACUUAGGAGAAGAGAUUACAUGGCCAACGGAAACUAUACUUGAUGUGUGGAUCAAUACAUGCAAGAGUCUGGAGAAUAAUACAAGCAAAACUGCCAUCGAAGGGACGUCUUUGAUGCAUAUUGCAGCUGAAUUUGGUCUUGACAAUUUAGCGAAGAGAAUUCUGUGCACAGAGAAGCAAAAUGUUUCAACUAUUUCAAGCCACGGAAAGCUGAGAAUUAGCGAUACUUCGAAGUCGGCGACAAGAGACUCGACGAUGAAGAUGGCGAGGAAAAGCGGGCAGGUAAAGGUCAACACAAUACCAGCCAGCACCCGAAAACUGCCACUGAACACAAGGGAAGGACCUGAGCCAUGGAGAAAGUCGGACGAAAGCUGGAAGGGGGCAGGAGAAAGGGUUGUGGGCUCCGAUACAGUGAAAGUGGGCAGAGGUGGCACGCGGGAGAAAGUUAAAAUGGGGUUGAAGAGAGUGGGAGAAAAAGGAGGUAGAGUUUUAGUCAAUGCUCAGAACAAGAGAGGUGAUUCCCCACUACAUUUGGCUGCAGAGCAUGGCUGUCUUGAAAUGGUGAUAUUUCUCUGCCAGUGGGGAAGUAAGACGACAAAACCCAACUAUUAUGGGUGCACACCACUUUACAGAGCAUCGCAGAACGGACAUCUCGAAGUGGUCAAGUUUCUAUACGAGCAUGGCGCAAAUACGGACAUUCAUACGGCGGGAGGAGGUAGUUGGACCCCAUUAUAUGCGGCUUCAGAUUCCGGCCAUCUCGAGAUUGUCAAGUUUCUAUACGAGCAUGGCGCAGAUAUCGACAUUCAUGUAGCUGGAUGGAAUGGUUGGACCCCAUUAUAUGCGGCUUCGUAUUCCGGCCAUCUCGAGAUUGUCAAGUUUCUAUACGAGCAUGGAGCCGACGUUCACACGGCUACAAAUGAUGGCUGGACUCCAUUGUAUGGGGCUUCAUAUUCGGGUCAUCUCGAAAUUGUCAAGUUUUUAUAUGAGCAUGGAGCGGAUGUUCACAUGGCCACAAAAGAUAGCUGGACUCCAUUGUAUAGGGCUUCAUAUUCCGGCCGUUUCGAAAUUGUCAAGUUUUUAUAUGAGCAUGGAGCGGAUGUUCACGCGGCAACAAAGGAUGGCUGGACUCCAUUGUAUGGGGCUUCAUAUUUUGGUCAUCUCGAAAUUGUCAAGUUUUUAUACGAGCAUGGAGCCGACGUUCACACGGCUACAAAGGAUGGCUGGACUCCAUUGUAUGGGGCUUCAUAUUCUGGUCAUCUCGAAAUUGUCAAGUUUCUGUACGAGCAUGGAUCCGACGUUCACACGCCCACAAAGGAUAGCUGGACUCUAUUAUUUGCGGCCUCAGUUGCUGGCCAACUCGAAAUUGUCAAGUUUUUGUACGAGCAUGGAGCCGACGUUCACACGGGCACAGAGGAUGGCUGGACCCCACUACAUGCGGCUUCAUAUUCUGGUCAUCUCGAAGUAGUCAAGUUUCUGUGCGAGCAUAGAGCAGGUGUCGAUAUUCACAUGGCCACAAACGAUGGUUGGACCCCACUAUAUGCGGCUUCAUAUUCAGGUCAUCUCGAAGUAGUCAAGUUUCUGUGCGAGCAUGGAGCAGAUGUCGAUAUUCACACGGCCACAAACAAUGGUUGGACCCCACUACAUGCGGCUUCAUCUUUGGGCCAUCUCGAAGUGGUCAAGUUUCUGUGCUAUCAUGGAGAUACCGAUAUUCACACGGCCACAAACGAUGGCUGGACUCCAUUAUAUGUGGCUUUAUAUUCGGGCCAUCUCGAAGUAGUCAAGUUUCUAUACGAGUAUGGAGAUGCCGACAUUCAUACAGUGACAAAAGAUCAGGGCUGGACCCCACUAUAUACAGCUUCAUCUUCGGGCCAUCUCGAAGUAGUCAAGUUUCUAUGCGGUCAUGGAGCAGAUGCCGACAUUCACACGGCCACACAGGAUGGCUGGACCCCACUACAUGCAGCUUCAUCUUCGGGCCAUCUCGAAGUGGUCAAGUUUCUGUGGAAUCACGGAGCAGAUGCCGACAUUCAUAUAAUAACAAAGAAUGAUGGCUGGACCCCACUACAUGCGGCUUCAUAUUCGGGCCAUCUCGAAGUAGUCAAGUUUCUGUGCGAGCAUGGAGCAGGUGUCGAUAUUCACAUGACCACAAACGAUGGUUGGACCCCACUACAUGCGGCUUCAUCUUCGGGCCAUCUCGAAGUAGUCAAGUUUCUGUGCGAGCGUAAAGCGGACGUUCAUACGGCUACAGAGGAAGGCUAUACUCCGAUCUUUGCGGCAUCAAGUAAUGGCCAUCUCGAAGUAGUCAAAUUUCUAUGCGAUCAUGGAGCAGAUACCGACAUCCAUACAGUCACAAAGGAUGGCUGGACCCCAUUAUGUGCGGCUUCUGAUUCCGGCCAUCUCGAAGUAGUCAAAUUUCUAUGCGAUCAUGGAGCAGAUACCGAGAUCCAUACAGUCACAAAAGAUGGCUGGACCCCAUUAUGUGCGGCUUCUGAUUCCGGCCAUCUCGAAGUAGUCAAAUUUCUAUGCGAUCAUGGAGCAGAUACCGACAUCCAUACAGCCACAAAAGAUGGCUGGACCCCAUUAUGUGCGGCUUCUGAUUCCGGGCAUCUCGAAGUAGUCAAGUUUCUGUACGAGCGUAAAGCGGACGUUCAUACGGCUACAGAGGAUGGCCAUACUCCGAUCUUUGCGGCAUCAAGUAAUGGCCAUCUCGAAGUAGUCAAAUUUCUAUGCGAUCAUGGAGCAGAUACCGACAUCCAUACAGUCACAAAGGAUGGCUGGACCCCAUUAUGUGCGGCUUCCCAUUCCGGCCAUCUCGGGGUGGUCAAGCUUCUAUACGAGCAUGGAGCUCGCGUUGAAGCUCAGGAUCCCUGCGGACGGACGUCGCUUUUCCUUGCCUCUGCCCGAAGUCAUAUGGAAGUCGUGCAACAACUUCUAUCCCGCGGGGCUGUGGUCGAUACAAAAGACCGUUACGGUUCUACUCCGCUCUUUGCGGCUGUGAGAAACGGGCAUGAGACAGCUGUUAUGUAUUUGCUUGCCCUUCAGGGCGCUUGCGUCCAGUUUGAAGACGCCUUCGGUCACACUUUGCUCUGGUGGGCUAGAAAAAGCGGGAAUGCUAAAGUCUCUGACGCCGUCCUUCGAUUUGCUGAAACAAGAGGCAUUAAAGUCAGCCAAGGUGACUUGGCUGUGGAGGCCAGCUCGAUGGCGAGAGAUAGUUCUACCACGUGGUGCGAUUUUCGCUGUCUGCCUGGAGUGCUUUGA